AUGCCGCAAGUCGAUGUCCGUGUCUCCUCGGUGAUCCCUGCUAACUCUCUGAUGCAGAACUGGCCGCUCUUGUGUAAGCAUCACGCAUAUCGAAACGGGAGAAAGUCUAACUAUUUCAGCGACAACAACUCUUCUGUGGCAGGCAUAGCAGCACAGCACGGAGUGCCCGCCUACGAGUCCGUAGAGAACUUGUUAGAUGCCCACAAGUCAGGCUCACUGGCAGUAGAUGCGAUCAUACUUGCUACGCCCACGCAGACUCACAUGGCUUUGUGUCAACUAUUUGCUGGCAGUGGACUAGCUCUGUUGAUUGAGAAGCCGCUCUCAACGACCGGGAGUGAUGGAAAACAGAUGCUCUCCGCGUCAAAGAAGGAUAGGAGCAACGUAUACAUGGUUGGACACCAUCGAAGACACAAUGCAUAUGUCAGGGCCGUGAAGGACAUCCUGGAAAAGGAGAAAUUAGGACGGGUGGUUGCUGUGAAUGGAGUCUGGGCAAUGAGAAAGCAUGAUGGGUACUACGAUAUCCCAUGGCAUACCCAACCCGGAUUUGGCGGUGUGAUCUUGACAAACGCCAUUCAUGAAAUCGAUAUGUUGCAAUAUUGGCUGGGACCGAUCGAAGAAGUCUUUGCGAUGGAAGGACCAAAACCACGACCCAUUAAAGUGGACCAGACAACCCACACCACAUUCAAAUUUUCGUCGGGUGUGUUGGCUUCGUUUCUCUUCACAGAUGCAAGUGCUUCUCAUCAGUCAUGGGAAGCGGCAACAGGAGACAACCCAGUCUUCUCUGCUACCGGUGAAGAUUUCCUGACCAUUUUUGGCACAAAAGGCUCCAUCAGUAUGCCGUCGAUGAUACGCUACCACUACGACGGGAUGCCAGAAAGCGAAAGGAAUUGGAAAUUUCCUCUGCAACAAGAUGGAAGUGCGAAGAAGGUGAUUGACAACGUCCCUGCCUUUGAAAACCAAUUGAAACAUUUCAUCGCCGUCGCUCGACGGGAAGCUGAGCCAAACUGCUCGGUAGAAGAUGCAUUGAGAGCGGUUCUUGUCACGGAGGCGGUAUUUAGAAGCUUGGAGACUGGAAAUUCGUGCUCUGUGGAACAACUAUCAGGUCUUUAG